UUACGCAUGCGCGGGACCACGCCGCGCGCCACAUUGAAAGCUUGCGACAUGCCGCCAAACCGUUCAGUCGCGCGCCAACUAUCGUGCGGGUGGGAUUGCUUUCUCGUUUUCCCAAGCUUUUGUUCUAUACACGUAUUUCUAUUUUAUCGCGAGUUCUAUAUAUACGUAGAGACACACACAUACAUACAUAUAUAACGGUAGUAAUAUAAUUAUUAGUAGUAAUAGUAAUAGUUACUCGAGUGGUAGUAUCGGUAGUUGAUAGUAGUAGUAUUAGAAGAGGAAAGAAAAGAAGAAUCGAAAUAUCAAAGCGGAACGUUCGAUAGAGAAAAAAUUCUAUCGACGCGUUGGCGCGAGCGAAAAGCCCGCCGUUUCAAAUCGAGAGGAGUAAAGUAAAGAGAAGGAGGAGUAGGUGGAAGAGAAGGAAGAAGAGGAAGAAGAUUAAGAAUCGCGUGUCCUCUUCGCGUUGAGAGAGAAGAAGCCGCGCGCCAACGCGGCGACAUUGGCGUACUUCUCUCUGCUUAUCGCUCUUCUCUCUCUCUCCCUCUCUCUCUCUCUCUUUAUCGCUCUCUCGCUAUUUCACUCUCUAUUGCUCCGUCUAAGUCUUUUUCAUCGGUGAUAACGUGAUAUACUGUAACAAGCGCGCUUCUCAAGAGCGCCGAGUUUAUCUCUCACACCGUUCUAUAAUAUCUGUGAUGUGCGAGUGAACGAUGGAAUCACCGGUCAUGUACGAUUCGGGGGCCCAUCAGGCCCAGGUGCAAGGGGCGGCCGAUCCGAAGAAGUCACAGGUGCUGAACAACAACAAUAAUAACAACACUGCGAAUAACAAUAACAACAACAAUAACAAUCAUCAGAACAACAACAAUUCCGCCUUACAAGUUAAUCACAAUCACAAUCACAAUCAACAGCAGCAGCAGCAGCAGCAGCAGCAGCAGACCAGCUCGGUCGUGAGCAAGGUGUCUGGAAGCAAGGCGAGCUUGCAUCAGCAAUACGCGGAACACUGUGCCGCGGCGGGCGAACUGACGGAUCUGAAUACUCCCGAGAUAUCGCUCGACCUUCAGCAUCUAAUCGACGACAGUCACUUCAACGACGGUCUCUUGGACAUGUUAGGUGCGAGCAAUGGUACCGUAAAGCACGUUAGGACGACCGGUUACCCACGUACUACCCUAGCGUAUAUGCCGCAACCAGUUCACAGCGGGGCGAGUUAUCAUCAGGGAAGUAACAGCUGUAGCGACAGCAACAGUUCGAGCUCGGAAUCACCUAGCAUCAAAGAGGAACCAUUGGACCCAGCGGACUAUCGGCGUCACUGCCCUCAAUACCCACCGGCCGGUUACAGUCCCGUCACGAACGGUCCCUUCGCCAAUGGCGGCCCUACCUUCACAACGUUAACACCGAGCACCGUGCCCGGUGGACAUCCUGGUGCACCGGUUCACCAACCACCACCUAGAGCCGGUCAAACGGCCGGCCAAACUCCCGGCGGACCUAUCAAACCGGUAAUGGCCCAUCAGCAUCAUGCGGCUGCUGCGGCAGCCGCGGCAGCAGCUGCCGUUGCCAGGAAACAGACCAAGGCCAUCGACAAGGCCAGCGACGAGUACAGGAGACGACGGGAGAGAAACAACAUUGCCGUGAGAAAAAGUCGCGAAAAAGCGAAAGUACGCUCGCGUGAAACCGAGGAGAAGGUGAAGCUCCUCGUCAAGGACAACGAUCUUCUCAAAAAAAGGAUCGAACUCCUGACCGAGGAACUCAACGUUCUACGUUCGCUCUUCAGCAGCGUCGGAGUCGUACCCGAGCAACUCCACCGUGAGAUCUCUAGGCAUCUCGACCAAUUCCAACAGCACGCCGUCGGACCCAUGUAGCCCUCGCCGCUUGCAUCGAUCAGAGUCUACUAGCCGAGCCUAAGAAAAUAGGAAAAAAGAGAGAAGGGGAAAGAAAGAGAGAGAGAGACAGAGACAGAGACAGAGACAGAGACAGAGACAGAGAGAGGGAGGAAGAGAGAGGGAGAGAGAAAGAUAAAUAGAAUAUUUUAUCGUUGACGAUGAACGCAAGUGCUACCAGCCACGAGGAAAACACACGUUUUACCACAUGACAUGUCGUUUCAAAUCUUCGGGAUCUUUCUAAAGCCGCCAUCUUUAAAAAGACGUCUCCUCUCUCUCUCUCUUUCUCUCUCUCUCUGUCUGUCUCUCUCUCUUUCUCUCUUUCUCUUAAUCUCUCUCUCU